AUUGGAAAUCUGAGACACUCAGCACCAAGAGUUCACGUCUAGCGAAAUAUUAGACGUUAAACAAGGACAUCAACGACAACAACAACAACAAAUCUGAAAGGCAAUAACAACCAUAGGAAUGGACACAGAGUCAGACAGUAAGCGGAAGAGUGCAGAUAGCGCGUCUGCAUCGCGUGUAGACCAUGACUUCCCGCGGUGUAGCGGUGCCGCAUCGGGCAGCCACGAAGGUCCCAUCCGAUCAGUCUCCGCCCAUGUUUCGGAGUUACCAUGUGUAGGUCAAUUGGAAUCCAUCGGAUCUACAAGUAUACCUUCGUCCGAGUCUGGUGACAGUAACUUUAACAAGGCUUCUCCGGGACACUUUGGGAAUGUUACACAUGACACGCUAGGAGCCAACAAACACGAGAAGUCACCUGUCAACUAUAAACAUCUAAAGUGUUCAUCAAAGGCAACUUACGAGGGUGAACACAACACACAACUGCAAAUAGAGCCACAUAUAUCUCUUGAAGAAACAGUAGACGUAGGCAAGGUGGAAAAGGACGCGGUGCAUCAUCCUAACAAAUAUGUUCAGGUGGACUCAGGUACAAUUUCUCUUGUAAAUUACACGCAAGAGAAAACAGUUGCAAUAGCUACAGAUGAUGAACGAAUCAGUACAACCGUCUAUGAGUCUGUGGGUGGGAUAGAGAAGGCAACACACACCUGCACAUCACUAGAAGCCUUCGCCUUGUCUAUUGUGCAGGAAGCUAUGUCUUCUGCAGCAAACCAGCUCAGAAAAAGUAAACCACUGAAUGCCAGAAACCUGGGCGACGAUGGCGAAGUAUCGGAGAUCGAGGAGUCCGGAGACCAGGAGCUUCAUACAAACCAAGAGGUAAAGAAGACGAUCGAUGAAAACUUUUGUGAUAAGUCCACUUUUGUCAAUGUUACUUAUCAAAAUAAAAGUGACCACGAUGCAACCAUGUAUACUGAACCAUCAGAGUGUGAGAUCUCCCACAGUGAUGUUUCAGAAAGUCAUCUUCUACCGAGUGGGGUUUCAGCAGAUGCCUUGUUAUCGCCCAUUCAACGCCGCCCACCAGCCCCUACCAGCAGGGGCAGGAUCUCUCCCGGUCAGGUCCGGCUUUCCGUGACUCCAUCCGUUGAACUCGCUGUUACCGAGGAUAACGUCUCCUCUCCUUCAGCAAAAAUGACAACAUCUAGAUCUUCCCACCAUGCUCCCCUUUCGCCCCGACCUGAUGUCUCAGCCUGCACCAGUACAGUUCGUAAAUCGUCCUCCACGAGUCGAGAGCGUUACCCCACUCUCUCACUUCAUCCACGUGUGCUAGAGGAUGGAAAGAUCGACUCAUCAGAGAAAAGAAAUCAGAAAAGCUGCGAUGAUGAGGAUAACAAAGAGGAUGUUUCCUUUUUCCAAUUAGGAACGCCCGUUGAAAACGAUACCAAAGCCAAUGGAACCAAAGACGUUGAAACUAUUUCAGCUAACAAUGAAGAAGAUCGUAUCAAAAGACUUCGUCUGGCCGUGGAGACGUUGGUAGAUGAGUUCAAAUUAGAACAAGAGCUGGAGGCGCUUCUGGAGGGUAACCAGUCCGGGGGCUCACCAGAUGAGGAUGGUAUCGAGAUGAUCCAAGAUGUUCAGUCGGACUGGAAAGAGAUGUUACCAGCGGGUGCAGAAGAGUCCCAGGCCUUCUACGAGGAGGUUAGCUCCAUCCUUGCUUCUGUGAAGAAAAAGCGACUUGGUAGCCUCGUGCAUGCAGGCGGAGGAGAAGACAGUGGCGAGACCGAAAGAUCUAAGGCGUCCGGGACACUGACCCUCUUAUCCAAAAUUGUCAAAGACAGCACCAUGCUUGACGAAAAUGUUAACGAUAAUGCCAAGUCUUCUCUGAUACCAAGAGCCUUGGAAGAGCAAAAUUUGAAAGAUGAAGACUUGUCAGACUCGCUUGUCUACCCACCGGUUGCUGUACGUUAUGAUGCUUUCAUGGAGACGAUACCAUUGAUCACAGAAGACGACGACUCUCAGGACGACGAUGUUGUAGUGACCACCGGUAAGACCGGCCAAGCUGUAAAGACAGAUGACCACAACAGCAAAUGUGUCAGGGAAAACACGUCUAGGGAAGAAGCCAAUGUAGGAUUCGGGGCGGACUUUGAUAAAGGUGAUGAGGAUGAGUUCAAAGAUGUAAAAGAGGUAAAGUACAGCUCUAGUAGCAUGUACAUACAAAAUGUAGACACAGAUGCCUUUCCUUCUCAGAGUAAAGUCUGUGAGUCCCAAUCCAUGGAAGGUAACAAUAUAGACAUGACGCCCCAGCUCUCGCAGAGCGACGCUUGUUCAAAAGAGGACUUUGACGAUACGAUAUAUGCAGUACCAUUGCAUGUGUCCGGUAAAAUUACAGGAAACCAUUCUCAUGAAAGUCGUCUGAAAGAACAAUUAAACGUAAUACCAGUGGACGAUCGGACUGCAAAAAUGGGGAACAGAAUCAACGCUGUAGAGGUAGAAACUGAUCACGAGUCUCACCAUAUUGCAAACAUGGGGGACGAAAACAACGAUGUACCAGUGAAAACUGAUCAAGUGUCUCACCAGACUGCAGAUAUUGGAGACGGAAUCAACUCUGUAUCUGUAGAAACUGAUCAAGAGUCUUACCAGACUUCAGACAUGGGAGACGGAAUCAUGGGGGACGGAAUUGACGCUGUACAAGUGGAAACUGAUCAAGAGUCUCACCACACUGUAGACAUGGGGGACGGAAUCAACACUGUACCAGUGGAAACUGAUCAAGACUCUCACCAGACUGCAGACAAAGGGAACGGAUUCAACUCUGUAUCUGUAGAAACUGAUCAAGUGUCUCACCAGACUGCAGACAUGGGGGACGGAAACAACGCUGUGCCAUUGGAAACUGAUCAAGUGUCUAACCACACUGCAGACAUGGGGGACGGAAUCAACGCUGUACCAGUGGAAACUGAUCAAGACUCUCACCAGACUGCAGACAAAGGGAACGGAUUCAACUCUGUAUCUGUAGAAACUGAUCAAGUGUCUCACCAGACUGCAGACAUGGGGGACGGAAACAACGCUGUGCCAUUGGAAACUGAUCAAGUGUCUAACCACACUGCAGACAUGGGGGACGGAAUCAACGCUGUACCAGUGGAAACUGAUCAAGUGUCUCACCAUACUGCAGACAUGGGGGACGGAAUCAACGCUGUACCAGUGGAAACUGAUCAAGUGUCUCACCAUACUGCAGACAUGGGGGACGGAAUCAACGCUGUACCAGUGGAAACUGAUCAAGUGUCUAACCAUACUGCAGACAUGGGGGACGGAAUCAACGCUGUACCAGUGGAAACUGAUCAAGUGUCUCACCAUACUGCAGACAUGGGGGACGGAAUCAACGCUGUACCAGUGGAAACUGAUCACGGGUCUCACCAUACUGCAGACAUGGGGGACGGAAUCAACGCUGUACCAGUGGAAACUGAUCAAGUGUCUAACCAUACUGCAGACAUGGGGGACGGAAUCAACGCUGUACCAGUGGAAACUGAUCAAGUGUCUCACCAUACUGCAGACAUGGGGGACGGAAUCAACGCUGUACCAGUGGAAACUGAUCACGGGUCUCACCAUACUGCAGACAUGGGGGAUGGAAACAACACCGUACCUGUAAAACCUGGCCAAGAGUCCAAUGAGACUACAGACAUGGAAGGUGGAAACAUCGCUGUACCAGUAGAAACUGAUCAAGGGUCUCAUCGGAGUCGUCUUCAAACAAAGAUGCCGGAUAGUGCUCCCCAGUCACCAAAACUUCAGCACAGGUCAACAGACGACAUUGUCCCCGACACUCAAGAAAAGGUUAGUGUGUACUUCAAUUUUAUUUGUAGACAAACAUUUGUAUAACAAAAAGCUUUUCUA